AUGCCACUAAUCAACAUUCGCAAAGCCUAUGCCGACUCCUCCUAUGGUCAAGUGCACUACCGAUACGCCCUACCUUCAGUAGUCACUGGUGACGCGUUGGUGUUUCUGCACAAAUCAGCCUCAUCUUCAGUAUCAUACACAAAACUGAUACAACAUUACUGUGGCAAAGGACAUACAUGUUAUGCAUUAGAUAUGCCCGGCUUUGGCGGUUCAUUCGACCCCGAUCCAGCCACAAUAGAGGAGAUAUUGAGCAAGGGAACCCGAUGGUAUGUAGACUUGUUCAAAACUGUCCUUGCCAGCCUGGGAAUUGUGAGCGGUUUCCAUAUCAUUGGUCAUCACUCGGGGGCAAGUUUGGCUACUGAAAUGGCUGCCAUGUACCCCGAUGAUGUGAAGAGUAUCUGUCUCGUGGGUGCUAGCAUCAUGAGCGCGGAAGAGCGAGCCAAAAUGAAAGAAAAGUUCUUCGCCCCCUUCAACCAGCCUGUACCAGAUGGAUCGCAUCUCCUAAAGACAUGGGAUUACUUGAGAGGUAUGGGUGUUGGCGACGAUCUCGACCUGUACCAGCGCGAGGCUAUCGACCACGUCAGAGCAUGGAAAGGUCGCAACCAGAUAUACGGAGCCUUAUGGGAUCAAGACAAGGAAAGGUACUUCAAGAUGGUCAAGUGCCCGAUAGUGGUCAUGUGCGCUAGAGACGAUGUGCUCUGGGCUCAUGCUGAGAAUGUCAAGAUGCAUAGAGAUGAUGUACCACUCAUUGAAAUCAAAGGGGCUAAUUUCUCACUGGAUCGGGAUGCCGAGGGAAUCAUCAAGAGCUGGACGCCUUUGGUCGAAAAGGCUACAUGA